AUGGCAGAUUUCAUCGUCAAGAUUUCGGAAGACUCUGAUGUUGAGGCUGUGCCACUGCUCUCCACAGAUUAUCAGGCGUCCUCGGCUGUUGUAUCUUCCUCACCAAGCACCAUUGCGACCAGCGGAGCAACGGCACCAUCCCGGCCGCCCAAAACAUAUCGGUGGUAUUUGCAUGAUUCUGACGACGACUCAACCCUAACUGAACCUAGCCUCGCCUUGGACGACAAAUACCAUGAACCUGUCAAGAUCAGAGCGUCCAAUAGGUUGAUCAAGUGGGAGAUCGUGCUGCCUUCGGACCGCGAGAAGGGAGAGUUCUACGAUAUCGUCCUGGGCGUGUCUACACGAAGCUUAGACAUGGAUGCCAUCGAGUCCAUCCUCAUAAGAGUCGAGCAAGAGAGGGCGACGUAUGGAAGUUUCGAGUGCGAGGUUUUCAAACGUCAUGAGUUAGAGCGAAUGUCUAUGGUGGAUGAGGUGUACAAGGGCACGGACAAGGACACGGACAAUGGUACGGACAAGGACAAGAACGGCGUGAAGGAAAUGCAUGGAGAGGAGAUCGAGAAGAGUGUUACAGAACUCAAGUGGAAAUUGUUCACUCGAUGCUACGGGUUUGGCGACAGAGUUUCGAUCACCAUGGAGAUCAACACAUGGCCGGAGCUGCCUUUGGAGUUCGGGUCCCUGGCCCUCCACUUUGUUGAACUCUGCACCGAUUCAACUGUUCUAUACAAAGCAGAGCAUUGUCCAUAUUCAACCUGGUUGGCCGACGUCAAUCGCAGUGAAUGCCACGAGUAUGAUUUACUGACAAGAACAUUCAAGCGAGUGACACACACCAGCUAUUCUGGUGAUGGACGCUUUAUGGUCAUCAAGACACUUGCGGGUGAGGAUGAGUUCUUGGAGGUAUGGGAUCUGCUGGACCACGAGAUUGCUAAAGUGCUUGGUGGAGACAACUCUGAAAGCACCAAGGAGGCCAUGGUAAAGCCAUACCGAGCCACACCGGUCGCUUGGAUGCCCUUGAUUAGAGGUGGAGAAACCGAUGUCUCCAUCUCCUGGGACGGUUCGCUCGUGGCCCUCUUUGAAACAGAGAGGCCAGAAGCCACCGAGGACGACAAAAAAGAUCCUCUUGAAAAUUACGAGGGCCGCUUUGCGAUCUACAAGUGCAGUCGGAACGAUAACGGAGCAUCUGAAAAGCCAUCGUCGCGGAUGAGUCUUGUCCGACAUGAUGUUCAGCACACCUGUCCAGGACUCAAGAACUACAUUGGAGAAGGAGUCUUUCACAUAGUUGACAAGUCCAACCCGAAUCCCAAGGAUGAGCUCUUUGUCGCCUGCAACGGCAUCACCAUCGAAAUCUACAGCACUUUCGAGGACUGGACUUACCAGCGUAGCAUCGUCAUGGACUCUGCCUUCGCCAGGCAAAACCUACAGUUCGACAUGGCGUUUACCAUGUUCAACCAGAUCCAAGGACGCUAUCUUAUUACCACCAACGACACGGUCGCGUUCACAUUCGAUAUUAUCCUGGGAACUCUGGUGUCCUUCUCAACGAACCUAUCAAAUGCCCAGGUCACCUUGAUGAACUAUUUUUCCAGCGUCAGCGCGGAUGGAGACUGGGUCGCGAUCCCAGGUUAUGGACACGUGAAUGUCUACCGGACUCAAACCUGGACGUUGCAAGGGUCGUAUGUCUUUGACGAGGUGGAGUCAGACGAGAGAGUUACAGAAGUAAUGUUCAUGGACAGUGGCAGACUACUCUACAUCAUGGUUGGGUUGAUUGCGAAUAUGUACUGGCAAAGACGACCUGGAUACAUCUUGGAUGUUGCAACAAUGUCCGUCGUAGGUCGGGUGGCCCCCACGGGGUGUGAUUCAGUGAAUUUAGCGCGGCUGGAUGGAUCGGGCCAGGACCUGAUUUGUUCUGGAUAUACAAAGCGGUGGGGCACGCGCCUUACGGAUCUUCGAACUCAUCGCUCUCCCACCGGAGAUGUCAGUCGUUGCACUGACCGUUGCAACCAUCCAGAUUCCAUCAAUUCCGGGGUCGGGGAAGGAACGUCUCCAUCUGGACUGCGCCUCAAAGUCCAAAGGACAGAUACCUCUAUCGGUUCACAGCUCAAGCGCGACAAGAGAUCGUCUGUAACUGUGACGAUGACGGAUACGACUGGCACUCAGAUCAAGAAAAUGGUCGUCCCCCUGCCUAGAGGAUCCACCCUCGAGCAAGCCGCCUUCUUUGCCGAUUGUCGAUAUCUUUUGGUCGUUGCCAAAGGCACAUUCAUGGCAUGGAGUGUUCCAGCAACGGCUGAAGGAGAGUUCCGCCUACAGAUGAUCCUCCAGGGAGAAGACGACAAGGAAUGGACUAUUUGCACCCACGGAAUCGUUGGUAGGAGUAGCGACGAGGGCGAAGAGGGACGGCAUCACGUCGGCCAUGUCAGGCAACCGUUUACCGAACCUCUUGCGGCGGAGUUCUUGGUUGGACUGGGAAACAUGGUGGCGUUCUACGAGCUCGCAGAUGUUGGGUUGAGGCAGGAUAUUCUCCGCUACUAUGGACGGCACAUCAACUCUUACCCUGACAAGGCCAAAGAAUACUGGAACGUGCUGGGCACUUGUGCCUUUAUGUGGAGCCCGGACAAUCACCACACGAUGUCCCGCUUCAUUAAGGACCUUCUGUCCUUUCCCGGAGUGCGCUGGGUUCCGCAUUACAGCAUGUCCAUCGAGCUGAACCCCUUGGCUGCCCUUCUUGAUAAAGCCAAAACAGAGCCAUUUGCAAAUGCCGGUGUUCAGAUCAUCGUCGACUAUUGUCUCCGCCAGGCAAAGGCAGCGCAGGACCCACAUUUUCUGUCGCCGAUCCUGCAAUGUCUUCCCUCCAUUGUCGAUUCCAAGCAGCUAUACUCCGCGAUGGCCCGGACCAUAUAUCGAGAGGUGGCGUUCUUUCCCGCUCAAGGUCGCGACUUCAUCAUCGACAACCACAUCCUCAUCAACUCGUCGACAUUCCGAUGGAAAUUCUGGCAAUCUUACCCAUGGGGUCUUCACCAAUACAAGGAUCAAGUCCUGCAGUUCAACACCCACAAAAUCCCCAAUCCACCCAAGGGCAAUUUCACCCGCGACAUUUUCCAGGCAUCGUUCGACCUGCUCUGGCACAAAUCUGAGGAUGCGGGGUCUCAGGAUAGCUCUGCAGGAUCACAGGGGGCAACCAUCGCCAAAGCCUUGUUCUCCUGGCCCCAUGCUAUUUGGACGAUGGUCUUGAGAAAGUGCACGCUGCGCUACAACACGACAAUCGAGUGCUAUCCUUUCGAGCUCGAAGCACUCGACAACCCUGCACUCAUGGCUCUGGUCGAGUACAAAUGGAUCGAUCUUGGUCUGGAGAGCCUCUUUGUUGCCAUCAUUGUGGUGGCGUUCAUUUUCCUCUGGCUGGAGCUGGUUCAACUUCUGAGGGACAAACGAGACUACAUCCGAUCCGUCUACAACUGGGUCGACUUGCUCGUGUUUUUAUUGCCCCUUGCGGGUGCGAUCAACCAGAUCUUGAUUAUCCAGGGCGUGAUCGAGUUGGGUCUGAAUCCUGGCCUUCUCAGUUUCUCGUUGUUCGAGCUGCGAGUGUUCAAAGCUGUCUGUCACUUUGUAUCGAUCAUCAUCCGUGCCAUUCAUGCGAUCCGCGUCUUCUUUUUCGUCUUCGCCGGAGGUCUUUUGGCCUUCUCUAUCGCUAUCGUCCAUCUCUACCAUGUCUGUACUUCCGACGAGUGCUCUUACCUCACGGAUGGGUUCUCAAGCAACCUGCUGCGUGCCUUUUCAAUGACCUAUUUCAUGAUGGGGGGCAACUAUGACCCGGUCGAAAAUGGCUUCUCGGGCAACAACUUUGCAUUCCACAUGAUGAUGAUUGUGUUCUUCUUCUUCACUGUCAUUCUCAUGUUGAACGUUCUCAUUGCUUUGAUCAACAAUGCAAUCGUCGAUGGCGACCAUACCUGGCGGCUGGACUGGCUGGAGUACCGUAUGCGAUACGUCGAAAGUGCUGAGAACAUGACCUACGGCAUCCCAGGUUUCCGUGAGAUGGAUAACUUUUUCCCCGAUAAGAUCUACUACACGGGCACACCACAGCAGGUGCGCGAUUACGAGAAGAAGACGAAAGAAAUCGAGGAGCAGGGUGCACCAGAUGCUGACAGUCUGACCAAACAGGUCCCUGAAUCUUCUUUUCCCACGACCUCGGAUGUUGUUGUCGCUGCGGCUCCAGCCGAGAAAUCGGAGCUAGUCCGGAUGGCGACUCGUCGUCGUGGUCCAGCGACCGAUGCUCAAUUGACGCCGUCAGGAGAGACUGACCUGCGGAAGCAAUUGGAGUCUGUGCAGGCGACCUCUGAGAAGCACAUCGGCGAAUUAAAGCUGCAGUUGAAGGAGCAGCAGCAGAUGUUGGUCCAGAUCUUGGCCAAGCUGGAUCGAUGA